CUUCACUAGUACCGAAUAUAGUAAUAAGAGCAAACAUAGAUUUGUUUUAUGAAUAUGAUGGAAGAAAUCAACCCAGGUGAAAAUACAGCAAGUGUUAGUGAACAAACACAACCAACACCUGUUGUUGUGGGUGAUGUAGCUACACAAGGUGAUGAGGAAAGUAAUCCUGAUGGUGGUAAUGAGGCUUCAGGGGUUUGGAGUUGGAUUAAAUCUGCUUCAAGUAAUCAGUUCAUGCAGUCAGUGAUGAAGAAAACUAAGACAGGAGUCGAUAAGAUGAUCACAACAUUAGAUCCUGGUAUGGAACCUUUUAUAAGGGAGGGCGGUGACAUUAAUGUUGUUGUCACAUCGGAGAAGGAAGUUAAAUGGGGUGCUGUACGCGAUGCUUUCCAAGCUGUGUUUGGUGCGGCAACUGUGGUUGGUGUCCCCGCACAAUCAAACAUUGCUCCACAACCUGUUGGUUACACUGCAGGUUUGAAAGGAGCGCAAGAAAGAAUAUCUUAUUUAAGACAUUCACAGCAAGUAGAUGAGAACCAGGUGUGUGUGUCGGUGGAGAACUUUGUGGUUGAACAAACCCCUGAUAAGUGGUUUGAUGUUGGGUGUAUUGUGCUUAAUGAUCCCGUCAACAAAAUAGUGUUGGAGGUAUACACACUUGCAGUGCCUGUGGAAAAUGAGGUUAUUCUUGACAUGCAAAGAGAAACACCUGAUAAUUAUGACUUAAGUUGGUCAGGAUUAGCUGUCACAGUGGGUGAAACGAUACAAAAAAGGUUGCCAUGGGUUUCACCAUCUGAUUGGCAUCGUGCGUUAACAGGAAUGUCGCGAAGGAAUAUUAUUUAUUCGAGUUCCCUCUGUCUCGCUGAACUUUAUAAACGAAGACUGCCGGAAAAAGUAAUCGAACAAAAUGUUUAAAAUAUAUUUCCAAAUUAAUUAAUACUUCCAACAUAUUUAUCGACAGAAGAACAGACGAUUAGUGUUUAAGUUAAGAAUACUCGAAGUGGUGCAUAUCAAAUAUCUAUUAAAAUAUUGCCAAACAUAUAUAUGUGAAUGUCACAAAUCAUAAUAUACAAUGUUCCAUAGUUUUCUUAUGUGCUGUAAAGAACGCUUUUUUCGUUUGUGUUUUCACAAAUAAGAGUGCUGUAUAUCUAACACAUUAUUUUGCAUGUACUGCCGCAAGGUGUGUUUGGGAAUCAUUGAAGCAAUAAUUGUUUAAUACGAAAGUAAAAUGAGUACGAAAGGUGAAAUUGUAUAUUUGGUUGCGAUAACAAACUGUUUUAUAGAACAUUUUUUGGCAGUCAAUAGAGAAGUUAUACAUUUGAUGUUUUCUUAAUUCUUUAAUGAAUAUAAACAUCAGCUGUUGUUUCCAUUUAAAUUACUCACUGCAUCAUAAUAGAUUUAAUAAAUGGUUUCAAUAUUGGUGUUAAUGUUAUCCUGCUAACUCAUAUGUGCAAUUGUAG